GGGGGCGUAACAGAAAAUAAUUGAGAAGCACUGGUUUAACCGGAGGCAAAUCCGGAGGGGUCCACUGCACCGAUGUGACCAAUGCUAGCCGGACCAUGUUGUUCAAUAUUCACACGAUGGACUGGGACCCGGAGCUGUGCAAAUAUUUUGGUAUCCCAAUGGAGAUUCUGCCCCGAGUGAGAAGUUCUUCUGAAAUCUACGGCCUCAUGAAAAUAAGUUCUAGCUGGAAAUCAGGAGCGCUUUCCGGCAUUCCCAUUUCAGGGUGUCUUGGCGAUCAGUCGGCAGCGCUGGUUGGACAGAUGUGCUUCCAGGACGGGCAAGCCAAAAACACGCACAUCUGUACCUUUAAGAAAAAAAAAAAUCCAGCCCUUGAGCACAAUACAAUGCACUUGGAACUGGCUCCCUAGAAAUUGACCAACAAGGAAGUACAGUGUGGUGUGGCACCCUUUGGACUUAUUUCCUCAUUACUG